UGCUUCUUCGUUCGUUGAAUUUAUUAUUAUUGCUCUUGAUUUAAUCUGUGUUUGGUCUCUUAGAAAACCAUAAACUGUCUUUCAUGUGUAUAAAUUUUAUGUUGUUAAUGAGAGUUUCUAGUGUCGGCACUUGAGCUUGAAUUCUUAGAAUUUUUCCUGCUUAUGUUUGGAACAGGUCGUAUUUUCAAUCCAAUUUCUCUCUCAGUUCUUUCAUCGAAUACUUGAUGGAUUUUGAGUUUUGCAUUUGGAAACCACUUUUCCAAAUGUUCUGCAUUUUAGCAUGACAUGCCAUUUUGAAAUGGUUGUGUUAACUAUUGGAAUUUGAGUGUAAUGAUUUGCCAUUAUGUAUGUUUGUUGGCUUGAGUUGGAAUAUGUCGAUGGCUUUUAGUUUGAUUACAAAGGAAGAUGGUAGAGAGUUGUUUCUAUAAUAGACGAGUAAAACGACAGGUUGAAUACACUGGAGUUAAUUACAAUUCUACUGAAAUUCAAGGUUUACAUAUUCAAAAAGAUCCUUCAUUCUCAUGCUGGUGUGGUGAAGAUGGAAAUGCCUUUGAAGGUCAGUUAGAAAAUUCUGAUGCAGGCGUUGAAGACUCUGAUUUUGAGUUGCCUUUGCAUCCGCCAGAUAAUGUAGAAAAAGAGGCUGUAGUAUAUCAAUGUAAGAAUAAGUUCUAUAGUAGAAGUGUGCACUUGACUGGUAGUAAUACCAUGGAUCAGGAGAUCAAUAUACACACCAUGGACCAUGAAGUCAACAUACACAACAGAGGGAAAGAAAAAGAGAACUAUUUGCCAUUUGAUAUUGAAAACGGGUGUCCCAAGGAGAUACGUUCAUCAAAUAGUAGUGAUGAUACAGCUGAUUCGUUUGGUAAUCAUGAAAAGUCACCACUGAAGUCUAAAAGCCCUGUAUCUGCUGCUGAUAUUUUGAAGACUUUGUUUUUUAUACUUGUUUGGUACACUUUCAGCACAUUUUUGACCUUGUACAAUAAAACUCUCUUAGGUGAUGAUUUGGGAAAAUUCCCGGCUCCAUUGCUGAUGAACACUGUCCAUUUUGCCAUGCAAGCUGUUUUAUCAAACUUUAUCACAUGGUUUUGGUCUCAUAGAUUUCAACUCACUGUUUCUAUGACAUGGAGGGAUUAUUUUAUGAGAGUUGUACCAACAGCUCUUGGAACAGCAUUGGAUGUUAAUCUGAGCAAUGCAUCCCUUGUUUUCAUCUCUGUCACAUUUGCCACAAUGUGCAAAUCUGCUUCUCCUAUCUUUCUUCUUUUAUUUGCUUUUGCAUUCAGGUUGGAGUCUCCGAGCAUUAAACUUUCAGGUAUCAUAGUGAUAAUCUCCAUUGGAAUUUUAUUGUCUGUGGCGAAGGAGACAGAAUUUGAGUUUUGGGGAUUUGUGCUUGUUAUGCUUGCUGCUGUUAUGUCUGGGUUUCGCUGGUCCAUGACUCAAAUUCUUCUGCAGAAAGAAGAAUAUGGUUUGAAAAAUCCACUUACAUUGAUGAGCUAUGUGACUCCAAUAAUGGCGAUUGGAACUGCUUUUCUUUCUCUUAUAUUUGAUCCGUGGUAUGAAUUUGAAAAGAGCGGUUACUUUGAUAAUUCUUGGCACAUUUUUCAGAGCUGCCUCUUGAUGUUUUUUGGUGGAACACUGGCCUUUUUCAUGGUUUUAACGGAAUACGUUCUGGUUUCAGUAACUAGUGCUGUCACUGUAACUAUUGCUGGUGUUGUCAAGGAGGCUGUCACUAUAUUGGUUGCAGUCUUUUACUUCCAUGACAAAUUUACACGGUUAAAAGGUGUUGGCCUUUUAAUCAUAAUGGUGGGCGUGAGUUUAUUCAAUUGGUACAAAUAUGAAAAGCUACAAAAGCGUCAGAUGAGUGAAAAUGACUUGGCUGGAUCACCUGCAGCAAAUCUUGCUGCAAAAUAUGUUAUACUUGAGGAAAUGGAUGAUGGCAGCUAGAGCUUUUACAUUCCUUCAGUUCUCUGUUGGAGAAGCUUGCGAUGAGCGCCGCUGGCAACUUACGUCGUAUUUACCAAUUUCUUCAUCAUCAACAUUUGCACUUUACCUUGUAUGUUAAGGAGUUCUGGAAACUGCAAUUCAGUCCAGAUGUAUUCAACUUUUUGCCUUACCAUGACUACCGGAGUAUAGUUUCUUUUUUUCUUUUCUUUUCCUUUUAUUUUUUUCUUUUUUUAAUUCCAAAAGUUUCUUAAGCCUUUCAGUUUUAAGGAAUACUUUCUCCUGCAUAAGAUACACUUCUGUUAAUGCUUAAUUUGGAUUUUGGUUUUCUCGGGAGGACAGUGUAAAGCUUACGCUGGUUAAUCUGUACAAGUUGUUAGUCUAUGUUAUUUUCCUGUUCUGUUCC